AUGACCUUCAUAGAGGCUACCCAGUCAGGUAACCUUAUUCUUGAGCCUUGUUUGUUAAUUGGUCAGUCAGUUUUAGUGUUGUUCGACUCUGGAGCAACAUAUUCCUUCAUUUCUAAUGCUUGUGUGGAGAGACUAAACUUGGAGAAACGUGAUUUGGGAUGUGAGUUGCUGGUGUCGACUCCUUCCUCAAGUCAGGUAGCAACCAGUUCAGUCUGCGUGGGGUGUGUGAUGGAAGUGGUAGGUCGCAGAUUCAAGGUGAACUUGGUGUGCUUGCCUCAGGAGGGACUAGAUAUAAUAUUGGGAAUGGACUGGUUGUCUAAUAAUCACGUCAUAAUUGAUUGUGAAUGA